GGGAGGGUGAGGAGUUGAAAGCGCCGUCCAACACGUGAGGCUCAUGUGACUGUGUCGAGUCUGUGUCUGUAGCCGAGAGACGUGCCCGCAGUCACAGGGUUUAACACGUAGUCAAAACCCACCCAGCUCUCACACAUUGAGCCGCGCGUGGAGCCUCCCUAGACAUACUACUGAGUCCGGACCUCAGGGUGACAACACUGCGCCUUGCCCAACUGCAGCUCACAGCGGGAAAACACGCACACACUGGAUAACAGGAUACUUUUGACUCUUUUUCAUCUUUGUUUUGAUGAUUUUUUCUCGUUUUGAAGUGAGACUACAGAGACACAUUUCAAACGUUUUGAAAGCUUUUUGAAGUUAUUAUUCGGGUUUUACAUUUAAGCGACAUGGAGAGGAUUACAAGUGCGCAACCGCCUCCUUGUAUGCCAAAACACCCAUCAAUGGACAUCGCUGAAAUGCAAGGGAUGGAUUUUCCAAUUUAUGUGUACAAAUCCAGAAGGGGCUUGAAGCGUGGAGAUGACAGCAAGGAGACUUACAAGUUGCCACACCGACUGAUCGAAAAGAAAAGACGUGACAGAAUCAACGAAUGCAUUGCACAACUGAAGGAUUUGUUGCCAGAACAUCUUAAGCUUACAACGCUGGGUCAUUUGGAGAAAGCUGUGGUGCUGGAACUCACUCUCAAGCAUGUGAAAGCUCUAAGUAACGUCCUGGAGCAGCAGCAGCAGAAAAUUGUUUCGCUACAAAAGGACCUACAAAUAACUGAUCAUGGAGGUGAAGAGAACAGCGAGGAGAUGUUCCGCUCUGGCUUUCACUUAUGUGCAAAAGAGGUCCUCCACUAUCUGGCCGGUCAGGAAAGUAGCCAGGACCUGUCUCCUUCACACGUUAUCAGCCACAUCCAAAAGGUAGCAGCUGAGGUCCUGCAACAUCAAAGCAGCCCGAACCCAGACGAGUCCAUCUCUCAAGCUUCAGAGAAAAUAAAAAAAACCACUGCACAGCCCCAAAGAGCAUCGGAGGUCCCAGCGAAGAACUGCGUGCCUGUCAUUCAAAGGACUUUUCCCAAUGGGAUGGGGGAGCAGAGUGGCAGUGACACAGACACUGACAGCGGCUAUGGGGGAGAACAUGAAAAGCGUGACCCAAAAGCUCAGUGGUCAGAAAGUCAUCAAAAGGAAAUGGAGCUCAAGCAGGCCGGGUCUGAGAGGAAGACUGGGUCCAUAAAGCAGGAGGGCGAUGAGCCUCAGGCCAAGAAGUCGAGGUCUGACUCCUCGGAGGACGAGAUGUUCCCUGGUCACAUGGUGGGAAGCCCCAGCAGCUACAUGGGCUUCUCCCCUAACCAGCACCCAUUUUGUCUCCCCUUCUACCUCAUCCCCCCUGCAGCUGCAACAGCCGCAGCAUACCUACCCAUGCUGGACAAAUGCUGGUACCCCGGGGGCAUGCCAGUCAUGUAUUCUGGCAUGAGCGGCUCAGCAGGAGGUUUGCACCCAGAGACACUUCCCUCACCCCUGGUCAUGUCCCAGAGGGCAGGGUCUCCCAUGCCCCACCAGAACCCCAUGGACCUCCCAUCUUCACAUAAAGCUUUAAAGCAGGUUCCCCCAAUGAACUUGGAAACCAAAGACUGAACAUAUGUUCAUAAUAUGUUUCUGUUGGAAACCCUACCCUCUGAAUGUUUAUGUGGUUGAAUGGUUGGAACACUGAAAAGAUAGUUAAUGGACAGAAACGCACUGGUAUCCCUUCAAACCACAGCUGUUGUUUGGCCUGUCAGAAUUUGGACCUGAUCCAAGAACCUCAAAUGGCCCCCACAUUUAUAAUCAGGUCCUCACACUGAAACAAUGUGUUUGUGUAUGGGCAACAUGAACCACCCAUGUGAAGGCUCAUAAUUCGUCACUGGUCGCAUCGCUCUAAAACACUGUGAAGAUCAGUUUUGGUCAGUUUAAGACAUUCUAAAGAGAGUAUUUUAUUCAAAGGUUUGUCUACUCCGCACUCAGCGUUGAAUGUCAGAGGUCAACUAAGAAUGUAAGGCAUAGAUAAGCCCCCCUAAAAUGAUUUGGACCUACUUUUUUGCACGCACAGUCUGUAUUGAAUGUAAAGAUAGAAACAAACCCCCUUGUAGAUGCUGCUUGGAAUAUUUCCUGCUGUUUAUUUGUGGAGGAUCAACCCUCACUGUUCAUCACUCUCGUAACUGCAACUAACUAUUGAUUGGAAUGUUCCCAAAAAAAAGGUUGGUUCAUGAUGACUAAAGGUAUCACACGUACAUUGCUCAUUUGACCCAUCAGAUACCAGAGGCUUAAUUGAACACAAAUGUCCCCUGUGUUCAAAGACUUCAGGGUGUUGUCACUGUCUGAGGUGUGUCACACUUGUCUUUUGAAAAGUAAUGUGGCCACACUCGCUUUUAUAAUUUAAUUUGUGACUCAUGACUGUUUGUGUAUUUAGAUGGCGUUCUUGUCGAGUCAUGUCCUGUAAUUAUCUUUGUUUAUAUAACUUGUACAUCUCUAUUUUUGAUAAGUGACCCACUGAGUGUAUUUGCAUCGCUACCAGACAAGGGUUGGGGUAGUCUUUUGCUGUAUCCCAGAGAACGUGUACAGGACAUAGCGUUGUGCUCAACCAGAUUUGCAUUUUCCCCACAAUUCCCAGUCAUGUUAAGGCCCGACCAUAGCUCAUGCUGUUGCCUUUACUCCAUUAAUGCAGACACAACAAUUGCAGGUUUUUAAAUGUAUUUUGCUUUAAAUGUUGUGUCUGUGGCAGAGUGAAUGUAAGGUUAAAACUAAAAUAAUAGUUUUGUAUAGAAAAAGGUACAGGGGAUUUUUAUCUUGAGAUGUAACAAAAGGAUGUUUGUUGUACAUAUUUUGUAAAUAAAGUAUUAUUGAUAUAUAUAAAAAAUUAAUAAAGCUUUUUUUCCCACAUUGAA